GACGCCGGUACUCUGUCACGUGAUAUCCCACUCUCCCCGCCUACCCCUAAGAUCUCGCGAGAAGACGUGGAGGCGGUGGCGCUACCGGGUCGCUAACUGAAGCGGGGCCUAAACAGGAGCCUAAAACGGGGCCUAAAGCGGAGCCUUAAAGCGGGACCCUCCCCCUGCCCCCACAAUGUCAGACAGCGACGACAGCAAUUUCUCAGAGGAUGAGAGCGAGCGCAGCAGCGAAGCUGAAGAGGCCGAGGAAGCCGAGGCCGAGGAGGAGCGCGUGAGCGCAGGUGGCAGCGAGAAGGAGGAGCCGGAGGAGGAAGAGGAAGAAGAGGAAGAGGAGUACGAUGAGGAAGAAGAAGAGGAAGAUGACGAUCGUCCUGCUAAGAAGCCUCGUCAUGGUGGCUUCAUCUUGGAUGAAGCCGAUGUCGACGAUGAGUACGAGGAUGAAGAUCAGUGGGAGGAUGGGGCCGAGGACAUCCUGGAGAAAGAGGAGAUCGAAGCUUCCAACAUCGACAACGUGGUGCUGGAUGAGGAUCGCUCCGGCGCCCGACGGCUCCAGAACCUCUGGAGAGAUCAGCGCGAGGAGGAGUUAGGAGAGUAUUACAUGAAGAAAUAUGCCAAGUCUUCCGUGGGUGAGACGGUCUAUGGUGGGUCGGACGAGCUCUCCGAUGACAUCACGCAGCAGCAGCUCCUGCCCGGAGUCAAGGAUCCCAACCUCUGGACCGUCAAGUGCAAGAUCGGUGAGGAGCGCGCCACUGCCAUUGCCCUCAUGCGCAAGUUCAUCGCCUACCAGUUUACCGACACGCCACUGCAGAUCAAGUCAGUGGUGGCUCCUGAGCACGUGAAGGGCUACAUCUACGUGGAGGCAUACAAGCAGACACACGUCAAGCAGGCAAUUGAGGGCGUUGGCAACCUGCGGAUGGGCUACUGGAACCAGCAGAUGGUGCCCAUCAAGGAGAUGACUGACGUCCUCAAGGUGGUGAAGGAGGUCACCAACCUCAAACCCAAGUCGUGGGUGCGCCUCAAGCGCGGGAUCUACAAGGACGACAUUGCCCAGGUGGACUACGUGGAGCCCAGCCAGAACCAGAUAUCCCUCAAGAUGAUCCCUCGCAUCGAUUUCGACCGGAUCAAGGCCCGCAUGAGCCUGAAAGACUGGUUUGCCAAGAGGAAGAAGUUCAAGCGCCCACCGCAGCGCCUCUUUGAUGCCGAGAAGAUCCGGUCCCUGGGAGGUGAUGUGGCCUCCGAUGGCGACUUCCUCAUCUUCGAAGGCAACCGCUACAGCCGGAAGGGCUUCCUCUUCAAGAGCUUUGCUAUGUCAGCUGUGAUCACGGAAGGGGUGAAGCCAACGCUUUCAGAGCUGGAGAAGUUCGAGGACCAACCGGAAGGCAUCGACCUGGAAGUGGUGACCGAGGGCACAGGAAAAGAGCGGGAACACAACUUCCAACCCGGAGACAACGUUGAGGUGUGCGAAGGCGAACUCAUCAACCUUCAGGGCAAGAUCCUCAGCGUCGAUGGCAACAAGAUCACCAUCAUGCCCAAACAUGAGGACCUGAAGGACAUGCUGGAGUUCCCGGCGCAAGAGCUGCGCAAGUACUUCAAGAUGGGCGACCACGUCAAGGUGAUCGCCGGGCGCUUCGAGGGCGAUACAGGGCUCAUUGUUAGGGUGGAGGAGAACUUCGUCAUCCUUUUCUCUGACCUCACCAUGCACGAGCUCAAGGUACUCCCGCGGGACCUUCAGCUCUGCUCAGAGACAGCAUCCGGCGUCGAUGUUGGGGGGCAACACGAGUGGGGGGAACUGGUCCAGUUGGAUCCUCAAACCGUUGGCGUCAUCGUCCGCCUUGAACGCGAGACCUUCCAGGUGCUCAACAUGUAUGGGAAGGUGGUGACCGUGCGGCACCAGGCUGUCACCCGCAAGAAGGACAAUCGCUUUGCCGUCGCCCUCGACUCCGAGCAGAACAACAUCCAUGUCAAGGACAUCGUCAAAGUCAUCGAUGGGCCCCACUCGGGCCGCGAGGGUGAGAUCCGACACCUUUUCCGGGGCUUCGCUUUCCUGCACUGCAAGAAACUGGUGGAGAACGGGGGCAUGUUCGUCUGCAAGACGCGGCACCUCGUGCUGGCGGGGGGCUCCAAGCCACGUGACGUCACCAACUUCACCGUGGGCGGCUUUGCGCCGAUGAGCCCGCGGCUCAGCAGCCCCAUACACCCCAGCGGCGCCGGCCAACGCGGCGGCUUCGGUGGCGCCGGGAUGAGCCGCGGGCGUGGGCGCCGCGAUAACGACCUCAUCGGGCAGACGGUGCGCAUCUCCCAAGGGCCCUACAAAGGCUACAUUGGCGUCGUGAAGGACGCCACCGAGUCGACGGCGCGCGUGGAGCUCCAUUCCACCUGCCAGACCAUCUCGGUGGACCGGCAGCGGCUCACCACUGUGGGUUCGCGGCGCCCUGGCGGGAUGGCUUCGGCCUACGGGCGCACCCCAAUGUACGGCUCGCAGACCCCCAUGUACGGCUCGGGGUCCCGCACCCCCAUGUAUGGCUCGCAGACCCCCCUGCACGACGGCUCUCGCACUCCCCACUAUGGGUCACAAACGCCGCUGCACGACGGCAGCCGAACACCUGCCCAGAGUGGGGCAUGGGACCCCAACAACCCCAACACCCCCUCCAGGGCGGACGAGGACUUCGAGUAUGGCUUCGAGGAUGAGCCGACACCGUCGCCGCAGGGUUAUGGGGGGACUCCGAACCCCCAAACUCCGGGGUACCCUGAUCCCGCGUCCCCCCAGGUCACACAGCCCUACAACCCCCAGACCCCUGGCACCCCUGCCAUGUACAACACGGAGCAGUUCUCGCCGUACGCGGUGCCGUCACCGCAGGGCUCGUACCAGCCCAGCCCGAGCCCGCAGGGAUACCAUCAGGUGGCCCCAAGCCCCGUGGGCUACCAGAACACCCACUCGCCGGCCAGUUACCACCCCACGCCGUCCCCCAUGGCCUACCAGGCCAGCCCGAGCCCCAGCCCCGUGGGCUAUAGCCCGAUGACGCCGGGAGCGCCGUCCCCUGGGGGGUACAACCCCCACACCCCUGGCUCGGGCAUCGAGCAAAGCUCCAGCGAUUGGGUCACCACCGACAUCCAAGUCAAGGUACGCGACACCUACCUGGACAGCCAGGCCGUGGGGCAGACCGGCGUCAUCCGCAGUGUCACCGGCGGGCUCUGCUCUGUGUACCUGACCGAUAGCGAGAAGGUGGUCAGUGUGGCCAGUGAGCACCUCGAGCCCCUCACCCCGGCCAAGAGCAACAAGGUGAAGGUGAUCCUGGGCGAGGACCGCGAGGCCACGGGGAUCCUGCUGAGCAUCGAUGGUGAGGAUGGAAUCGUCCGUAUGGACCUGGAGGAGCAGCUCAAGAUCCUCAACCUGCGCUUCCUGGGGAAGCUGCAAGAGGCCUGAGGGUGCCCUGUGCCCCUCAUCCUGCCCCACUGAUUCCCCCCCGAAGCUUUCUUUGUGCCCCCCAACCUCUAUUUUCUCCCCCCUCUGCCUCUUUCCCCAUGUCGUACCAAGGUUUGCGUGUGGAAUAAAUGCCUGUGG